AUGGUGACAAUGCUGGUGCUGUUGCGACCUCUUCUACUCAUCCUAUACUCCAACUCGUAUGUGCAGCGUGAACCUUCGGCUCUAUCCCACAUGCGCCCUCGCCACCAGCACGCAUGCUCCGGCAGCGCUAGGAUGGAGAAGGCGGAGCCGUGGCACAUGAAGCUGCGGUCGGUGGUCCCUGAGGAGUGCAUGGUUGUGCGGGACAUCCACACAGGGGAGCCAGGGCGCUUUCACAGCGCGUGCUGGCGGUGUUCACGCUAA